CCCAUGUUCAUAAGUAGAUACCUGUUUGAUACUAAAAGUGCUCUUCUGUUACUCCGAAACAUACCUCACAUUCAAAAUGGAAAACUGUGGAAUGAACCUUAUAAAAUAUUUGCUGUUUGUUUUCAAUUUGCUUUUCGCUCUAUCUGGACUAGGAAUUAUAAUAUCAGGAGCAGUAGUUCUAUCCAACGUAUCCGAUUUUGACCACUUUGUUUCAAGCGACCUUCUCGGACCUCCAAUUGUUUUGAUAGUUGCUGGAGUUGUAGUUUUUAUCAUUGCGUUUUUAGGAUGUUUCGGGGCCAUAAGAGAGUCAUACAACUUGCUCAUGGCAUUUGCAGGUUUGCUAAUAAUCAUUUUUAUUGUUGAAAUUGCUGUCGGUGUAACAGCUGCAGUCUACAAAGGAGAUUUUCAAGUCGCUCUUAAGGAAAAUUUAUUAAAAUCUAUAAAAGAGUACUCUAAUGAAAAUAAUGCUGAGAAGAUUCCUUGGGAUAAUGUUCAGAAAAAGGCAGGACAUGGGAAGGGACAGGCGGACGGUGUAGGUGGUUUUCUCAAACGAAUUGCAGAUCAGAUCGUAGCUACAGGCAAGAAUAUUUCAGAUGCAUUACAAUUCUUUGAAGCUUUAAAUGAUUCUAGCAAAGUUAAACUCUACUUUAUAAACGACGACGAUAUUGAUCGAGUUGCAGAACAUAUUCCAAAACAUAUUUUGCCGCUGCCCGGUACCAUGCAAUUGCAUCAAGUUUUUUUAGAAGAUCCUGGUAUUUUGUACUACCGUAAAUUAACCUGUUUCUGCAAGAGAGGGUUUUGUAGAUGUUUAAAUCCACAAGUAUACGAACCCAUAAAAAAGAUAAUAAACCAGACAAUGCCUGUUGUCUGCAAAGAUGCUGUUAUACAAGACAUCCAAAUGGAGAUCCCUGUUGAAUUUGAAGAAGCCAACCACGAAUUGCAGCCCAUAACUAGUAGAAUAGGUGAAAGGUCAACUAAAGAUCACGAAAUAAUCUCUCGUAAAUCUAUAUUUAAUCUUGUUUAUUUAUCAGACUCUGAUUCUGAAGAUCAACCAUUAAGCAAAAUAGCCAACCCAAAGAACCCCACAGAAGGUGGUACUUUGUACCAAAGUGUACCAAGUUUAGAAGGUAUUUUAAUGCAUUCUAACAAUAUAACCGAAGGGUUAAAAUGCUGCGGAGUGGACGGCCCAACAGAUUGGCAAGGACAAAACAUUCCAUUGUCUUGUUGUACGGAAGAAAAACAGCAAGAAACUAUUCAAUAUUGUUCUGAAAACGGCGUAGGUAAUUACAUGUACCAAAGAGGUUGCUACGAAUAUUUAACAAUCAAAAUAGAAUCAAACGCAAAAAUUCUUGUUGGAGUUGGAAUUGGUAUUGCUUUUAUUGAGGUCAUUGGUAUAGUAUUAGCAUGUUGGUUAGCCUUCACGAUUAAAAAAGAACAAUCUGAAAAAUGAACAUCAUAAAGUUGUUUUUGUAGUUUAGCAUAUCGCACAAUCCGAGACAAAUAAAUGUAUUAAAUAUAUAUUUUAAUUCAACAAAUAAUGUUUUAUACAAAUAUGCAGAUUAAUAUCGUAAAAGUAAUUAUAGCAAUAUAUUAAAAAAAUAAUGCACAAAAAGUAAAACUUCCAACUAUUCCUAUUUUCUUGAGAUCGUUGGAAAAUAAGAAUUUUUUUAUACUACUGUUAAGUUUUUAAAUAAUUAUAUAUUUAAGUGUUGUUUGAUUUUAUUAAAUGUAUACCCUUUAAAUGCGUG